CUGAUAUCCAGCACUUCGAACACUGACACCAGACACAGACAGCAGAUAUGGACAGAGACCAUCCUAAGAUCCCUCAAAGACCCACAAAGUCCAAGAAACCCUCAAUUCCCUCUAGGCGACCAUCGAGGAAUGCUUCGUUUCCAACCAGCAGCUCCAGUGAGCCAAUUACCUCGAGGAAAGUUGACUUUUCGUUGGGCUCGUCUAUACCCAUCAUACCGAGCAGACCAGAGAGACCUGAUAUACCAGAGAGACCAGAGAGACAAGGCAGACUGCCAGCUUCCACCUCCUCGAACUCGUCCAACUUUUCCAACGCCUCCAGCAUUUCAGAGCUUGUGGACCCAACUGACCUCCAAUUGCCCCCAACGUUGAACAGCACCUUGAUUAGACAAGAUGAAAUUCCAAGAUUGGGUUCUCCUCAGACUGCUAUUCCAGUCAACGAAUUAGAUCAACAAAGUAGCAUGAGAAAGUCUGGUAUUAGAACUUUUAGUAGUGUUUACAACGAGGCUCAAAAUAGAAAAAAAUUUAGAAACGUUGUUGAAAACGAUAAUGAUAACGAUAACGAUACUGAUAACGAUAGUUUUGCUUUUAAUCUACCCAGAAAGAUUCAUACCGAUUCAAGUAUUAAUUACUACAAUAAUAAAAAUUCUUCAAAUUUGUCGAUUAAUAUCCAUCCAGCUGAUUCUGAGUUGGUUGAAGAAGAUGAAAUUGUUUACAAAAAAGUCGUCCAAAAUGAGAAUAAAGUUACUAAUAGCACCAACAUCUUAAAUGGGAUGAAUAAAAGCGAUAAUGAAGAAAUUGAUACCGAUAAUAAAGAAAAAGAGUUGCAGAAUAUGCAUAAAAUCAAAAGAGUCGCUACACCAUUCACUCUUCACAACAACCUAUCCGCAAAUUCAUUCACUUCUAAAUUUAAAACCCCAGAGAUUUCCCAUAAUAAAACUAAAAAUGUUCAAAAUUUGCAAAUAAACCACAACUCGUAUAAUUCAAAUGAUUUAAUUACUCCAAUAACAUCAAGAAUUAAAGAAAUCAAGCUUCAUGAUAUUGAUAGUGAUAAAGAUAACGAUGAUGAUGAUAAUGAUAAUGAUAAAGAUAACGAUGAUAAAGAUAAUGAUAAUGAUGAUAUUUUAAAUCAAAAAAGAUAUGAUGAUAAUAGCAAAUCCCCUUCAAAAUCUUCUUCAUUGUCAUUGUAUCCGGAACCUCCACGACUCGAUAUUCGAAAAAAUCGGUCAAUUGAUUCUCCAAUUAAGGACUAUACAAGUGUUACUCCAUUUUUAACUGAUAAAUUCAAAGUUGAAACACCAAUUAUCAGUUCUCCUAAAAAUUUACUAAAUCCAAAAAAUUUGAACUCGUCAAAUUUUAUUGAUCAGUUGAAUUAUAAUCUAGACAAACAAAGAGACAUUUUAACUGACCAAGACGAAGAUGAAGAUGAAGAUGAAGAUGAACAUAAAGAUAAAGAUAAAGAUGAACAUAAUGCUAUUGUUAAGUACGAUAUUAAUACUGAUAAUAACAACGAUAAAGAAAUUCAUAAAGUAUACAGCGGUGAGAAGAAAGAACCUGUAUUAUUAAUUCCCAAAAGACCUAGAAAAGCAGUAAAUAAUAAUAAUAAUAAUAAUAAUAAUAAUAAUAAUAAUAAUAGUAGUAGUAGUCUUGAAAAUACUGGUUCAGUAGAAAACUUGGAAGAAUCUUUAACCAGUGAUAUCUUAUCUAGUAGCAACGAUAGCUUUAGUAAAUCCACUGAUACAGACACGAGAACAGGCAUGAGUAUAGGUGAUAAUACAGGGAAUAUAUUAUCGAGUGCAAAUUCAAACGAUUUAGCUUCAAUUAAAUCAGCAGAUAGUUUUGAUAAUCAUAAUCAUAAUAAUAAUCAUAUUAACAAUGAUAAUAAAGAGAUCUAUCAAAAUGACAAUAAAAAUGAUAUAAAAGAUAUAUCCAAGUCUAGUGUAUCCAAUGCAAAUAUUUUAAAUACUCUAAUUAGACCAAUUAGGCCACAAAGUAGACCUACCAAAUUUAGCCAAGUAGAAACAAAAGACAAAUUAAGGAAACUAGAUACACAAAGUGUUCCCAUUAGACCAGCAAGACCAACAAGACCAAAUAAGUUAAUUAAUAUUGAUACUAAGGAUAAUAAUAAUAACGAUGACAAUAAAAUUCAGGAGGAAGCACUAAGAUCUCCAUUAGUAACAGUGAAAAAGCCCUCGUCAAAGAUAGCGAAAUUUCAACAGAUGAUUAAUGAGCAACAGGAAAAAUUCAAAGGGUUAAAUAAACCUAACCCCCCACCAAGGCCAUUAAUUAAAAGAAGGUCGAAUAAGAGUGAAGAUAGAUUAAGUAAUGAAAAUAGUAAUGGUAAUAUUGAGAAUAUAGAAAGUAAAGAAGGUAAAGAAGAUAAUAUUGGCGAUGGUAAGACACAUGGAAAAAAUGUGAUUAAAAAGGAUAAUGAAUUUACAAAGAACCUUAAUAAUAUGAUUGGUAUGGCGUUGCCAGGAAUGGGAUUGCCAGGAAUGGCGUUACCUGGAAUGGCGGUUCCUGGGAUGGUUCCUUCUGCUUUGGAUAAGAAUAAUAAGACAAAAGAAGAGGAGAAUAGUUUAAAUAAUCGCAAUAAAAAUAACAAGAAAGAAAAAGGUGAAAAUAAAGUCGAAAAACCGCUAAAGGAUGUCAGAAAGGGAAGAGCUAGAGGACCUAGAGGAAGAAGGUUACCUGCUGAAGCUAAGAAAACUAUUGAAGUUAAAGAGAAAAGCAGGUAUAACAUUUUUUUUAGCAAUAUGUGGGAGAUUUCAUUUGGGAAUGAUGAAAUAGAUAGUGGUGAUAAAAAACCCAGUAAUGUUGAGAGUAUCACAGAAAAAAAGAGCACAAAAGGUGUAAAAGAAAUUGAAGAAAUUGAAAAAGAUGGAAAAGAUGAAAAAGUUAUAGAUCAGACUAAAACAGUUGAUCAAGAACAAUUUAAAAAUAUUGGGGCUAAAGAAGAAGAAUAUACAAAUGUUGAGGAAAUUAAAACAGAAAAAAACAAAAAUAAUGAAAAUAGAGAAGUUAAGGAUGUAAUUAAAAAUAAACUAGAUCUCAAUAAAGAAAAUAUAGAUGGGUUUGAUGUUGAAACUGAGACUGAGAGCAGAACUAUGGUGCCCGGAAAUGGGAACGAGGUGUUUAAUGAUGACAAAGAAGAGAAAGCUGUUGACAGAGGAAUCAAGGCAAUUGAUGUCGACGAGAGGAAAGGAGAAGAAGAGGUAAGAAAGCACGGAAAUAAAGAAAGAGCAAGAUCAGAUUCAAAUGCCAGUUUGUUGUCGGUUGAGGUCCUUCCCAUCAAGUUUGAGAACGAGGACAGUCCCUGGAUUCCUCCAGCAGACUGGAACGACGAGGAGGUGGUCAAGGUGAAAGAGACGAUUAUCCUCAGCGACAACGAGAUGGACGACGCCAAAGAGGCAAAGGAAUCAAAUAACCACACCUGCAGAAGCACAGAGCUCAUCGAGCUCGACUAGUUGUACGUAGCCCAC